UCAGACAUCAUGUCUCGAUUCACGGUGUUUACUGUGCUCCUCACACUACUUAUUGUAGUGCUGAUGGUCGCAGAGGAUGGACAAGCCAGAUAUGUGAGAGUAAAUACAGCUAGAGUAGAAAAUGCAAAACGGAGUGCACGGCGCCCGGUGUUGUUCAGCAGCAACAGAAGGAGGUUAAGGAAUGUGUUUUUCACCAAGCAGAGACGAGUACAGCGUCCGAAACCUUCACCACCAAAAGGUGGAAAAGGAAAUGCAAGACGGAGUGCUCGCCCGGUGUUGCUCAGCAGCAACAGAAGGAGGUUUCGCAAAGUGUUGUUCACCAAGCGGAGACGGGUACAGCGUCCGAAACCUUCACCACCAAAAGGUAGAGAAGGAAAUGCAAGACGGAGUACUCGCCAGAUGUUGCCCAGCAGCAACAGAAGGAGGUUUCGCAAAGUGUUGAUCGCCAAGCGGAGACGGGUACAGCGUCCGAAACCUUCACCACCAAAAGGUAAGCCUCAGGUGGUGUUCGUCCAGGAGGUCAAGACGCCACCCGCAGUGCCUGUAAAGCACAAGUGCAAUAAGUUCGUCUGCAAAAAAUUGCCUUGCAAAAAAAAGCCGAAAUUCAGGAAGUUCUUCAUAACUAGGAAGGGUCUGCCGAAACCAAAACGACGGCCACGUCAACGACGACCAAAGCGACCACCAAGAGUACGACGACCCAGUCCAGGAGCGAGAUUUUUCCUCCGAAGGCUUAGGCGUUUGAUGAGAAGGUUUAGAAUAAUUCUCAGACGUGCAAAGAAACCAGUUAAAAAACUGAAACGAAUUCGUGACUUGUGCUGCAAAGGCCAUGCACCAAGUAGACCUGAAGCACAGCGAUAUGCAUGGAAAGUGGUCAGGAGAACCGGAUAUGUCAUAAAGAGAGUCUACAGACUGAUCCGACUGAUUAACUCCCUUCGUCCAAAAAGAGUCUCUAAACGGAAAGUCAUAUUGCUUCGGCUCAAAAGACGCCAGUUAUUCUUUGUGUAUAAAUCUCUGAUACGCCUGAGGAGGAUUCGACGGAACGUCCGCAAUUGUAUUAAAAGGGGGAAGAGGGUAAGGAAAAUAAAGAAAGUAACAAAAAAACUGCAGUCUCACCUGGCUAAGAUAAUUAAACGUCAAAAAAAAUUAAAAGUUAAAAAGAAGAAAACUGCCAAACAAAUUCAAACAAGAAUCCAUCACUUAACAAGAUUUCAAAAGGUCAUUCAUAAAACAUUGAGGCUACCACAGAAGAAAAAGACAGAAAAAGCUGUUUUGAAACAUCUAAAUCAAUCAAUAAAUGCAUUAAAGAAAAGACUCAAGCAGCCAAAAGUGAAAAAUAAAGGGAAACAGAAGAAGAUAAAAACUGAGAUAAAGGAUAAAAUCAAAAUUAUCCGGAAAUUGAUAAAGGUCAUAACAAGGCGAAAGGUUAAAGGGAGAUAUAAGAAAAAAUCAAAGGGAGUUUCAAGACCAAAGAAAGUGAAGAAGGCUAAAAAGAAAGUGGCGAAAAUCUUGAAGAAAAUGAUUAAGAAAUAUAUUCGCAGAAAGAAAACACUGAUCAAGGUUCUAAGAAUAGCAAAGAAACGAAAGAGGAAACCACUUCGGAGGAGGAUCAUAGUAUGCACCAAAAUCAUCAAGCAAGUCAAAGUCAUUCGGCGAGUUGUAAUCAAGAAAACUAGUGUGCAUCGCAUCCGAAAAUGUGUCAAGAAAAUCAUACGCAAGGCACGUAAGCAAUACAAGAAGCUAAAGAGGAAAGUCAAGAGAGUACCCAAGAAAAAGAAGCCAAAGCUGAAAGCCAAGUGUAGGAUACUCCGUAGGGUGAGAAAGGUAGUAAAGAAAAUUGCCAACAAAAUCAGACGAGUCACUCGUCGUCCAAACAAACGACCAAGGAGAAAUAAGAAAAAAACCGAGAGGGUUUCAAGACCAAAGAAGGUAAAGAAGGUUAAACGAAAAGUGGUAAAUUGCCUGAAGAGAAUUGUCAAGAAGUAUGUUCAGAGAAAGAACAAAUUGAUCAAGACUCUAAAAAAGGCCAAAAAAUUGCAGAGGAAAAAUCUACGUAAAAAGAUCAAAAUAUUCACCACUGUCAUCUGGCAAAUUGUCAUUAUAGAGCAUACCAUAAUCAAGAGUACUAGAGUGCAAAGAAUUAUGAACUAUACACAACAAAUUGUAAGGAAGACAUCAAGGAAGUACAAGACGCUAAAGAGGAAAAUCAAGAAACUGCCAGAGAGAAAGAGGCCAAAGCUGAAAACCAAGUGUAGGAUACUCCGUAGGGUGAGAAAAGUAGUAAAGAAAAUUGUCAGCAAAAUCAGACGUGUCACUCGUCGUCCAAACAAGCGACCAAGGAGAAAUAAGAAAAAACCCAAGAGAGUUUCAAGACCAAAGAAAGUGAAGAAGGCUAAAAAGAAAGUGGCGAAAAUCUUGAAGAAAAUGAUUAAGAAAUAUAUUCGCAGAAAAAAAACGCUGAUCAAGGUUCUAAGAAAAGUAAAGAAAGGAAAGAGGAAACCACUUCGGAGAAGGAUCAUAGUAUGCACCAAAAUCAUCAAGCAAGUCAAAGUCAUUCGGCGAGUUGUAAUCAAGAAAACUAGUGUGCAUCGCAUCCGAAAAUGUGUCAAGAAAAUCGUACGCAAGGCAAGUAAGAAGUACAAGAAGCUUAAGAGGAAAAUCAAGAGAACGCCAAAGCAAAAGAAACCAAAGCUGAAAACCAAGUGUAGGAUAUUCCGUAGGGUGAGAAAAGCAUUAAAGAAAAUUGUCAGCAAAAUCAGACGUGUCACUCGUCGUCCAAACAAGCGACCAAGGAGAAAUAAGAAAAAACCCAAGAGAGUUUCAAGACCAAAGAAAGUGAAGAAGGCUAAAAAGAAAGUGGCGAAAAUCUUGAAGAAAAUGAUUAAGAAAUAUAUUCACAGAAAGAAAACGCUAAUCAAGGUUCUAAGAAAAGUAAAGAAAGGAAAGAGGAAACCACUUCGGAGAAGGAUCAAAGUAUGCACCAAAAUCAUCAAGCAAGUCAAAGUCAUUUGGCGAGUUGUAAUCAAGAAAACUAGUGUGCAUCGCAUCCGAAAAUGUGUCAAGAAAGUCGUACGCAAGGCACGUAAGCAGUACAAGAAGCUAAAGAGGAAAGUCAAGAGAACGCCAAAGCAAAAGAAACCAAAGCUGAAAACCAAGUGUAAGAUACUCCGUAGGGUGAGAAAAGUAUUAAAGAAAAUUGUCAGCAAAAUCAGACGUGUCACUCGUCGUCCAAACAAGCGACCAAGGAGAAAUAAGAAAAAACCCAAGAGAGUUUCAAGACCAAAGAAAGUGAAGAAGGCUAAAAAGAAAGUGGCGAAAAUCUUGAAGAAAAUGAUUAAGAAAUAUAUUCGCAGAAAGAAAACGCUGAUCAAGGUUCUAAGAAAAGUAAAGAAAGGAAAGAGAAAACCACUUCGGAGAAAGAUCAAAGUAUGCACCAAAAUCAUCAAGCAAGUCAAAGUCAUUCGGCGAGUUGUAAUCAAGAAAACUAGUGUGCAUCGCAUCCGAAAAUGUGUCAAGAAAAUCGUACGCAAGGCACGUAAGCAGUACAAGAAGCUUAAGAGGAAAGUCAAGAGAACGCCAAAGAAAAAGAAACCAAAGCUGAAAACCAAGUGUAAAAUACUCCGUAGGGUGAGAAAAGUAUUAAAGAAAAUUGUCAGCAAAAUCAGACGUGUCACUCGUCGUCCAAACAAGCGACCAAGGAGAAAUAAGAAAAAACCCAAGAGAGCUUCAAGACCAAAGAAAGUGAAGAAGGUUAAACGAAAAGUGGUAAAUUGCCUGAAGAGAAUUAUUAAGAAGUAUGUUCAGAGAAAGAAAAAAUUGAUCAAGACUCUAAAAAAAGCCAAAAAAACGCAGAGGAAAAUUCUACGUAAAAAGAUCAAAAUAUUCACCACUGUCAUCUGGCAAGUUGUCAUUAUAGAGCAUACAAUAAUCAAGAGUACUAGAGUGCAUAGAAUUAUGAACUAUACACAACACAUUGUAAGGAAGACAUCAAGGAAGUACAAGAGGCUAAAGAGGAAAAUCAAGAAACUGCCAGAGAGAAAGAGGCCAAAGCUGAAAACCAAGUGUAGGAUAAUCCGUAGGGUGAGAAAAGUAGUAAAGAAAAUUGUCAGCAAAAUCAGACGUGUCACUCGUCGUCCAAACAAGCGACCAAGGAGAAAUAAGAAAAAACCCAAGAGAGUUUCAAGACCAAAGAAAGUGAAGAAGGCUAAAAAGAAAGUGGCGAAAAUCUUGAAGAAAAUGAUUAAGAAAUAUAUUCGCAGAAAGAAAACGCUGAUCAAGGUUCUAAGAAAAGUAAAGAAAGGAAAGAGAAAACCACUUCGGAGAAGGAUCAAAGUAUGCACCAAAAUCAUCAAGCAAGUCAAAGUCAUUCGGCAAGUUGUAAUCAAGAAAACUAGUGUGCAUCGCAUCCGAAAAUGUGUCAAGAAAAUCGUACGCAAGGCACGUAAGCAGUACAAGAAGCUAAAGAGGAAAGUCAAGAGAACGCCAAAGCAAAAGAAACCAAAGCUGAAAACCAAGUGUAAGAUACUCCGUAGGGUGAGAAAAGUAUUAAAGAAAAUUGUCAGCAAUAUCAGACGUGUCACUCGUCGUCCAAACAAGCGACCAAGGAGAAAUAAGAAAAAACCCAAGAGAGUUUCAAGACCAAAGAAAGUGAAGAAGGCUAAAAAGAAAGUGGCGAAAAUCUUGAAGAAAAUGAUUAAGAAAUAUAUUCGCAGAAAGAAAACGCUGAUCAAGGUUCUAAGAAAAGUAAAAAAAGGAAAGAGGAAACCACUUCGGAGAAGGAUCAAAGUAUGCACCAAAAUCAUCAAGCAAGUCAAAGUCAUUCGGCGAGUUGUAAUCAAGAAAACUAGUGUGCAUCGCAUCCGAAAAUGUGUCAAGAAAAUCGUACGCAAGGCACGUAAGCAGUACAAGAAGCUAAAGAGAAAAGUCAAGAGAACGCCAAAGCAAAAGAAACCAAAGCUGAAAACCAAGUGUAAGAUACUCCGUAGGGUGAGAAAAGUAUUAAAGAAAAUUGUCAGCAAAAUCAGACGUGUCACUCGUCGUCCAAACAAGCGACCAAGGAGAAAUAAGAAAAAACCCAAGAGAGUUUCAAGACCAAAAAAAGUGAAGAAGGCUAAAAAGAAAGUGGCGAAAAUCUUGAAGAAAAUGAUUAAGAAAUAUAUUCGCAGAAAGAAAACGCUGAUCAAGGUUCUAAGAAAAGUAAAGAAAGGAAAGAGGAAACCACUUCGGAGAAGGAUCAAAGUAUGCACCAAAAUCAUCAAGCAAGUCAAAGUCAUUCGGCGAGUUGUAAUCAAGAAAACUAGUGUGCAUCGCAUCCGAAAAUGUGUCAAGAAAAUCGUACGCAAGGCACGUAAGCAGUACAAGAAGCUAAAGAGGAAAGUCAAGAGAACGCCAAAGCAAAAGAAACCAAAGCUGAAAACCAAGUGUAAGAUACUCCGUAGGGUGAGAAAAGUAUUAAAGGAAAUUGUCAGCAAAAUCAGACGUGUCCCUCGUCGUCCAAACAAGCGACCAAGGAGAAAUAAGAAAAAACCCAAGGGAGUUUCAAGACCAAAGAAAGUGAAGAAGGCUAAAAAGAAAGUGGCGAAAAUCUUGAAGAAAAUGAUUAAGAAAUAUAUUCGCAGAAAGAAAACGCUGAUCAAGGUUCUAAGAAAGGUAAAGAAAGGAAAGAGGAAACCACUUCGGAGAAGGAUCAAAGUAUGCACCAAAAUCAUCAAGCAAGCCAAAGUCAUUCGGCGAGUUGUAAUCAAGAAAACUAGUGUGCAUCGCAUCCGAAAAUGUGUCAAGAAAAUCGUACGCAAGGCACGUAAGCAGUACAAGAAGCUAAAGAGGAAAGUCAAGAGAACGCCAAAGCAAAAGAAACCAAAGCUGAAAACCAAGUGUAGGAUAUUCCGUAGAGUGAGAAAAGCAUUAAAGAAAAUUGUCUGCAAAAUCAGACGUGUCACUCGUCGUCCAAACAAGCGACCAAGGCGAAAACCCAAGAGAGUUUCAAGACCAAAGAAAGUGAAGAAGGCUAAAAAGAAAGUGGUGAAAAUCUUGAAGAAAAUGAUUAAGAAAUAUAUUCGCAGAAAGAAAACGCUGAUCAAGGUUCUAAGAAAAGUAAAGAAAGGAAAGAGGAAACCACUUCGGAGAAGGAUCAAAGUAUGCACGAAAAUCAUCAAGCAAGCCAAAGUCAUUCGGCGAGUUGUAAUCAAGAAAACUAGUGUGCAUCGCAUCCGAAAAUGUGUCAAGAAAAUCGUACGCAAGGCACGUAAGCAGUACAAGAAGCUAAAGAGGAAAGUCAAGAGAACGCCAAAGCAAAAGAAACCAAAGCUGAAAACCAAGUGUAAGAUACUCCGUAGGGUGAGAAAAGUAUUAAAGAAAAUUGUCUGCAAAAUCAGACGUGUCACUCGUCGUCCAAACAAGCGACCAAGGAGAAAUAAGAAAAAACCCAAGAGAGUUUCAAGACCAAAGAAAGUGAAGAAGGCUAAAAAGAAAGUGGCGAAAAUCUUGAAGAAAAUGAUUAAGAAAUAUAUUCGCAGAAAGAAAACGCUGAUCAAGGUUCUAAGAAAAGUAAAGAAAGGAAAGAGGAAACCACUUCGGAGAAGGAUCAAAGUAUGCACGAAAAUCAUCAAGCAAGUCAAAGUCAUUCGGCGAGUUGUAAUUAAGAAAACUAGUGUGCAUCGCAUCCGAAAAUGUGUCAAGAAAAUCGUACGCAAGGCACGUAAGCAGUACAAGAAGCUAAAGAGGAAAGUCAAGAGAACGCCAAAGCAAAAGAAACCAAAGCUGAAAACCAAGUGUAGGAUAUUCCGUAGAGUGAGAAAAGCAUUAAAGAAAAUUGUCUGCAAAAUCAGACGUGUCACUCGUCGUCCAAACAAGCGACCAAGGCGAAAACCCAAGAGAGUUUCAAGACCAAAGAAAGUGAAGAAGGCUAAAAAGAAAGUGGCGAAAAUCUUGAAGAAAAUGAUUAAGAAAUAUAUUCGCAGAAAGAAAACGCUGAUCAAGGUUCUAAGAAAAGUAAAGAAAGGAAAGAGGAAACCACUUCGGAGAAGGAUCAAAGUAUGCACCAAAAUCAUCAAGCAAGCCAAAGUCAUUCGGCGAGUUGUAAUCAAGAAAACUAGUGUGCAUCGCAUCCGAAAAUGUGUCAAGAAAAUCGUACGCAAGGCACGUAAGCAGUACAAGAAGCUAAAGAGGAAAGUCAAGAGAACGCCAAAGCAAAAGAAACCAAAGCUGAAAACCAAGUGUAAGAUACUCCGUAGGGUGAGAAAAGUAUUAAAGAAAAUUGUCAGCAAAAUCAGACGUGUCACUCGUCGUCCAAACAAGCGACCAAGGAGAAAUAAGAAAAAACCCAAGAGAGUUUCAAGACCAAAGAAAGUGAAGAAGGCUAAAAAGAAAGUGGAGAAAAUCUUGAAGAAAAUGAUUAAGAAAUAUAUUCGCAGAAAGAAAACGCUGAUCAAGGUUCUAAGAAAAGUAAAGAAAGGAAAGAGGAAACCACUUCGGAGAAGGAUCAAAGUAUGCACCAAAAUUAUCAAGCAAGUCAAAGUCAUUCGGCGAGUUGUAAUCAAGAAAACUAGUGUGCAUCGCAUCCGAAAAUGUGUCAAGAAAAUCGUACGCAAGGCACGUAAGCAGUACAAGAAGCUAAAGAGGAAAGUCAAGAGAACUCCAAAGCAAAAGAAACCAAAGCUGAAAACCAAGUGUAAGAUACUCCGUAGGGUGAAAAAAGAAUUAAAGAAAAUUGUCAGCAAAAUCAGACGUGUCACUCAUCGUCCAAACAAGCGACCAAGGAGAAAUAAGAAAAAACCCAAGAGAGUUUCAAGACCAAAGAAAGUGAAGAAAGUUAAACGAAAAGUGGUAAAUUGCCUGAAGAGAAUUAUUAAGAAGUAUGUUCAGAGAAAGAAAAAAUUGAUCAAGACUCUAAAAAAGGCCAAAAAAACGCAGAGGAAAAUUCUACGUAAAAAGAUCAAAAUAUUCACCACUGUCAUCUGGCAAGUUGCCAUUAUAGAGCAUACAAUAAUCAAGAGUACUAGAGUGCAUAGAAUUAUGAACUAUACACAACACAUUGUAAGGAAGACAUCAAGGAAGUACAAGAGGCUAAAGAGGAAAAUCAAGAAACUGCCGGAGAGAAAGAGGCCAAAGCUGAAAACCAAGUGUAGGAUAAUCCGUAGGGUGAGAAAAGUAGUAAAGAAAAUUGUCAGCAAAAUCAGACGUGUCACUCGUCGUCCAAACAAGCGACCAAGGAGAAAUAAGAAAAAACCCAAGAGAGUUUCAAGACCAAAGAAAGUGAAGAAGGCUAAAAAGAAAGUGGCGAAAAUCUUGAAGAAAAUGAUUAAGAAAUAUAUUCGCAGAAAGAAAACGCUGAUCAAGGUUCUAAGAAAAGUAAAGAAAGGAAAGAGAAAACCACUUCGGAGAAGGAUCAAAGUAUGCACCAAAAUCAUCAAGCAAGUCAAAGUCAUUCGGCAAGUUGUAAUCAAGAAAACUAGUGUGCAUCGCAUCCGAAAAUGUGUCAAGAAAAUCGUACGCAAGGCACGUAAGCAGUACAAGAAGCUAAAGAGGAAAGUCAAGAGAACGCCAAAGCAAAAGAAACCAAAGCUGAAAACCAAGUGUAAGAUACUCCGUAGGGUGAGAAAAGUAUUAAAGAAAAUUGUCAGCAAUAUCAGACGUGUCACUCGUCGUCCAAACAAGCGACCAAGGAGAAAUAAGAAAAAACCCAAGAGAGUUUCAAGACCAAAGAAAGUGAAGAAGGCUAAAAAGAAAGUGGCGAAAAUCUUGAAGAAAAUGAUUAAGAAAUAUAUUCGCAGAAAGAAAACGCUGAUCAAGGUUCUAAGAAAAGUAAAAAAAGGAAAGAGAAAACCACUUCGGAAAAGGAUCAAAGUAUGCACCAAAAUCAUCAAGCAAGUCAAAGUCAUUCGGCGAGUUGUAAUCAAGAAAACUAGUGUGCAUCGCAUCCGAAAAUGUGUCAAGAAAAUCGUACGCAAGGCACGUAAGCAGUACAAGAAGCUAAAGAGGAGAGUCAAGAGAACGCCAAAGCAAAAGAAACCAAAGCUGAAAACCAAGUGUAAGAUACUCCGUAGGGUGAGAAAAGUAUUAAAGAAAAUUGUCAGCAAAAUCAGACGUGUCACUCGUCGUCCAAACAAGCGACCAAGGAGAAAUAAGAAAAAACCCAAGAGAGUUUCAAGACCAAAGAAAGUGAAGAAGGCUAGAAAGAAAGUGGCGAAAAUCUUGAAGAAAAUGAUUAAGAAAUAUAUUCGCAGAAAGAAAACGCUGAUCAAGGUUCUAAGAAAAGUAAAGAAAGGAAAGAGGAAACCACUUCGAAGAAGGAUCAUAGUAUGCACCAAAAUCAUCAAGCAAGUCAAAGUCAUUCGGCGAGUUGUAAUCAAGAAAACUAGUGUGCAUCGCAUCCGAAAAUGUGUCAAGAAAAUCGUACGCAAGGCACGUAAGCAGUACAAGAAGCUAAAGAGGAAAGUCAAGAGAACGCCAAAGCAACAGAAACCAAAGCUGAAAACCAAGUGUAAGAUACUCCGUAGGGUGAGAAAAGUAUUAAAGAAAAUUGUCAGCAAUAUCAGACGUGUCACUCGUCGUCCAAACAAGCGACCAAGGAGAAAUAAGAAAAAACCCAAGAGAGUUUCAAGACCAAAGAAAGUGAAGAAGGCUAAAAAGAAAGUGGCGAAAAUCUUGAAGAAAAUGAUUAAGAAAUAUAUUCGCAGAAAGAAAACGCUGAUCAAGGUUCUAAGAAAAGUAAAAAAAGGAAAGAGGAAACCACUUCGGAGAAGGAUCAAAGUAUGCACCAAAAUCAUCAAGCAAGUCAAAGUCAUUCGGCGAGUUGUAAUCAAGAAAACUAGUGUGCAUCGCAUCCGAAAAUGUGUCAAGAAAAUCGUACGCAAGGCACGUAAGCAGUACAAGAAGCUAAAGAGGAAAGUCAAGAGAACGCCAAAGAAAAAGAAACCAAAGCUGAAAACCAAGUGUAGGAUAUUCCGUAGGGUGAGAAAAGUAUUAAAGGAAAUUGUCAGCAAAAUAAGACGUGUCACUCGUCGUCCAAACAAGCGACCAAGGAGAAAUAAGAAAAAACCCAAGAGAGUUUCAAGACCAAAGAAAGUGAAGAAGGCUAAAAAGAAAGUGGCGAAAAUCUUGAAGAAAAUGAUUAAGAAAUAUAUUCGCAGAAAGAAAACGCUGAUCAAGGUUCUAAGAAAAGUAAAAAAAGGAAAGAGAAAACCACUUCGGAGAAGGAUCAAAGUAUGCACCAAAAUCAUCAAGCAAGUCAAAGUCAUUCGGCAAGUUGUAAUCAAGAAAACUAGUGUGCAUCGCAUCCGAAAAUGUGUCAAGAAAAUCGUACGCAAGGCACGUAAGCAGUACAAGAAGCUAAAGAGGAAAGUCAAGAGAACGCCAAAGCAAAAGAAACCAAAGCUGAAAACCAAGUGUAAGAUACUCCGUAGGGUGAGAAAAGUAUUAAAGAAAAUUGUCAGCAAUAUCAGACGUGUCACUCGUCGUCCAAACAAGCGACCAAGGAGAAAUAAGAAAAAACCCAAGAGAGUUUCAAGACCAAAGAAAGUGAAGAAGGCUAAAAAGAAAGUGGCGAAAAUCUUGAAGAAAAUGAUUAAGAAAUAUAUUCGCAGAAAGAAAACGCUGAUCAAGGUUCUAAGAAAAGUAAAAAAAGGAAAGAGGAAACCACUUCGGAGAAGGAUCAAAGUAUGCACCAAAAUCAUCAAGCAAGUCAAAGUCAUUCGGCGAGUUGUAAUCAAGAAAACUAGUGUGCAUCGCAUCCGAAAAUGUGUCAAGAAAAUCGUACGCAAGGCACGUAAGCAGUACAAGAAGCUAAAGAGGAAAGUCAAGAGAACGCCAAAGCAAAAGAAACCAAAGCUGAAAACCAAGUGUAGGAUAUUCCGUAGGGUGAGAAAAGUAUUAAAGGAAAUUGUCAGCAAAAUCAGACGUGUCACUCGUCGUCCAAACAAGCGACCAAGGAGAAAUAAGAAAAAACCCAAGAGAGUUUCAAGACCAAAGAAAGUGAAGAAGGCUAAAAAGAAAGUGGCGAAAAUCUUGAAGAAAAUGAUUAAGAAAUAUAUUCGCAGAAAGAAAACGCUGAUCAAGGUUCUAAGAAAAGUAAAAAAAGGAAAGAGAAAACCACUUCGGAGAAGGAUCAAAGUAUGCACCAAAAUCAUCAAGCAAGUCAAAGUCAUUCGGCAAGUUGUAAUCAAGAAAACUAGUGUGCAUCGCAUCCGAAAAUGUGUCAAGAAAAUCGUACGCAAGGCACGUAAGCAGUACAAGAAGCUAAAGAGGAAAGUCAAGAGAACGCCAAAGCAAAAGAAACCAAAGCUGAAAACCAAGUGUAAGAUACUCCGUAGGGUGAGAAAAGUAUUAAAGAAAAUUGUCAGCAAUAUCAGACGUGUCACUCGUCGUCCAAACAAGCGACCAAGGAGAAAUAAGAAAAAACCCAAGAGAGUUUCAAGACCAAAGAAAGUGAAGAAGGCUAAAAAGAAAGUGGCGAAAAUCUUGAAGAAAAUGAUUAAGAAAUAUAUUCGCAGAAAGAAAACGCUGAUCAAGGUUCUAAGAAAAGUAAAAAAAGGAAAGAGGAAACCACUUCGGAGAAGGAUCAAAGUAUGCACCAAAAUCAUCAAGCAAGUCAAAGUCAUUCGGCGAGUUGUAAUCAAGAAAACUAGUGUGCAUCGCAUCCGAAAAUGUGUCAAGAAAAUCGUACGCAAGGCACGUAAGCAGUACAAGAAGCUAAAGAGGAAAGUCAAGAGAACGCCAAAGCAAAAGAAACCAAAGCUGAAAACCAAGUGUAAGAUACUCCGUAGGGUGAGAAAAGUAUUAAAGAAAAUUAAAGAAAACGCUGAUCAAGGUUCUAAGAAAAGUAAAGAAAGGAAAGAGAAAACCACUUCAGAGAAGGAUCAAAGUAUGCACCAAAAUCAUCAAGCAAGUCAAAGUCAUUCGGCAAGUUGUAAUCAAGAAAACUAG